GGGCUGAGUCGCGCUCUCCGCGCCCUCCCCUCCCUUCCCCUCUUGGCACCCUCCUCUUAGAUUCAGUGCUUGAAGUGCAUUCGGAUUAUGGAUGAUUGGCCAGGGUAUGAGUUGAAUUUAUUCACAUACCCACAGCACUAUUAUGGAGAUCUGGAAUAUGUCCUCAUACCUCACGGCAUCAUUGUGGACAGAAUUGAACGGCUGGCUAAGGAUAUUAUGAAAGAUAUAGGCUACUGUGACAUUAUGGUCCUGUGUGUGCUUAAAGGAGGUUACAAAUUCUGUGCUGAUCUUGUAGAACACCUUAAGAACAUCAGUCGAAAUUCAGAUAGAUUUGUCUCUAUGAAGGUUGAUUUCAUCAGACUGAAAAGUUACAAGAAUGACCAGUCCAUGGGCGAGAUGCAGAUAAUUGGAGGCUAUGAUCUUUCAACACUGGCUGGAAAGAAUGUCCUCAUUGUUGAGGAUGUUGUUGGGACGGGGAGGACCAUGAAAGAGCUGCUCAGCAGCAUAGAGAAAUACAAGCCCAACAUGGUUAAGGUGGCCAGUUUGUUGGUGAAGAGAACACCUAGAAGUGAUGGCUUUAGACCUGACUAUGCUGGAUUUGAGAUUCCAAACUUAUUUGUGGUGGGUUAUGCCUUAGAUUACAAUGAAUACUUCAGAGAUCUCAAUCACAUAUGCGUGAUCAAUGAGAAUGGCAAAGAAAAAUAUCGAGUCUAAAGAAGUAAAUUCUCAACCUCAAAUCUCCAGAUAACAUCAUACUUAGAACUACACUCAGGAAGCCACCGUGUAAAGUUUGUCUCCCCGGGCGUUUUCACUCAGCAGAAUAGAAAAGGAAAAAAAAAAUGUUUUAAUGAGAGAUCUUCCUUUUCUGAGAUUACAACACAAAGAAUAUCAAAAGUGCUUAAGAAAAAGGAAGCAAUGUUUUUAUUUCUCUUGUUCCAAACUGAACACUCCACCUGCGACUCACAAGUUCUAUCUCCCUUCACACUCCUGCUACACCUCCUUUUGUUUUGAUACAGACAUUGUGCUUGAAUACCUUACCCCCACCUGGCUACUCAGAUACUUCUCACUUAACUUUUUUUUAAUAUGCCCUAAUUAGGUAAUAUUUUGCAAUCUUAAGAAACUGGAAGCCUUUUAAGUUCAGCUCUGAGUCCAUGUACUGGAAAAAUAACUAGAUUCCCAUACUGAAAAAGGAGAGAAAGGACAAUUUAAUAUAAAGUUCUGUUUGGGCUUUUCUGACAGGCUGUUAUUAUCUGCUUUGACAAAGCCUUUUUGAACCACGGCAUACAAUGAAUGUUAAUGAUGUUAUGAAAUGAGCCUUGCUUAGUGCCCUUGAUUGGAGCUUCCGGUAUGCGAUAACGGUAUGUCAUGGAUGCAUGGAUGUACUCAACUGUGCUUAAUAUUCUGAAUUUUAAUUAGGAAAAAUACAAUGGCAGCAAGGCCCUGGUUUCUAAGUGGCAUCCUUUUAUUCAUGUGGGACAUGAACAAAUGGCAGGAUUUGGGGGAGGGGCGAGUGUUUUCAAUGCUCAGAACUAAGAAUAAAUUUUUCCUCUUAUUUGCACCAAAGGAAAAACCAUUAUUAUGCGUUAUCCUAAACAGGAAUACAGAGGUUGAAUUAUUAUUUUAAGUGGCCUUAUUAGACUGAUCACACAGUCAAAGGCACUAUCAAGAAAAACAAAAAAAAAGCAUACUUUUUCUGAAUAAUGUUCUUUCCAUUUUCCCUGUUUUAUGAGAUGUUUUAUAAUUUAUGGGGAUUUUAAUUGAAAAUAAACUUGAAUGCUGAUAGAGCUGUUUUU